CAUUUCUGUCUAUACUACUCUAUAUCAUUUAUGUCAUAAUAUCAUAAUUUUGGCCAGGCACUUUAAUGGAAUAUACUCUAUUUACUAUUGUUGGAACCCCUUAUUUCUGGUUCUCCAUUAUUCUUAUUGGAUGGAUUAUUGGAGGAUUAGAGGCUAUCAUAGCAUAAUUCUAGAUAGAAUUUUUCACUGAUCCUUCUAAAGAAAUGUUAUUUAAAUUAAUAAUUAUGCAUUAAAUCAAACAAAAUUCAUUGA